UCGGUGAAAUGUACAAAUCCUUUGUAAUGACACAAGUAACGUAAAUAAAAAUGAUAGAUCCUCCAAGAUGCAGUACUCCUAAACGGGAGUGAAAGUUUUGGGACAUGCAAAAAACAACUAAAAACUUGAAAAUCUGAAAAACGUGUUAACAGCACUUUGUCAGCAAGUAUAUCUUAAAGGAAUUCAGUUUUGGCUAUUGACAGCUCAUGUCAUUAAAUAUUAGAAUUACUGUAUUUAUAUCAACGCAACUUACUAAAACGUCACACAGCUUCUGUAAUUAUGGGGGAUUUAAUAAAGGCAUGGAUCGUAGAAAGAAUUGGGGUAGUGAUGAACAUGGACCCGCAGGUCUUCUCUACGGAAGUAAUGGACGGUACAAUAAUCGCACAAAUUUUAUUAAACUACAACAUCAUCACCGAAACGCAAGCGUGGCAAAUAGUCCCGACUAAUAAUCCGGUUAUCGCCUCCAAAAACUUCAAGCUCAUCCAACUGUGGCUGCACAGUAUCGGCAUACAACGCGCCACUGAAGAACUAGAUGAAAUCUGCACGGGAAAAUCUAUGGUGGCAAUUAAACUUUUCUAUGAGCUCUAUUUGAAAUUACACGACAAAAACGGUCUCUUCUUCGCAAUGAGGAAAAGACAAAAAGAGAGGCUGCACCCGACAAACACCCGGUUUGACGUUUGCACGGUUAACGAAACCGUUAACGGAAAUCUCACCGAAUUCGUCGACAACGACCUAUGCCAGCAGUUAGUGGUGCACCAAGGUGUUAUUAAAUGGAACCAAGAUCGUUACAAAGCCUUACGGGAGAAAUACAGAGAGACGCGCGAACGUUAUUCGAAGUAUCUGGAUAAGAAGUGCGGUCUCAAAGAGGUCAAUCAGUUUGGCAACGCGGAAAUGGUUGUGCCACCCUCCAAACCCUUGGAGCGAUUGGAUUCGAGCUGCUCGAGCGACUACGACCUUACUUUCGAUGAUCUAGUCAAAGAGCGACAGGAGGCAUCUUUAAAGCCCGUAUUUGAGGAGGAUCCGAAAGCGGCCGCCGAAAUAUUGAAGAACAUUAAGCGGAGGAAACGUCGCGAGAUGCACGAAAAUGAAGAACGUGUAAAACAGCAGAAAUUACUGCUAAUGGAGCUGUGGGGUAAGCUCCUCGCGCAACAGGAGAAGGAACUGGAGGAAUGCGUCUCGAAGAAAAUGCUGAAGCAGUCCACUUUCGAAAAGCAAAUGACCACGAAACUGUUCGAAGUUCGACAGCAGGCCAAACACAUCUUGGCGAAUCGCAGAUUUAUGGACGACUGCGCGUUAAAAAAGCGCGAGGAUGAGUUCUUGGAGCAUGUGUUUUUACGGGACAAGGGCGUUGGUAACCAGAAAGGUAAUUACUAUGUCGAACGUGGAAGAAUGUUGGAGUUGCACAGGCGACUGUACGCACAACGGAUGUGCCUGUACGUUUCUAGGCGUGAUGACAUGUGCAAACGCAUUGUUGAAGAUUUUGUAUCGCUGGCGGUAAUAUCGGCCGGAUAUAAGGAGAAGUAUCAAGCUGAUCCCGAUGAGGCUAUAAGGAGGGAGUGGGGGAAUUUGUUUAUUAAAGCAAAAUCUCUAGUUGCCUAUCUAGCUGACGUGACCGAGCUUGUGGUCCCCGAACCCGUUUCGAGCGACUUGGAGGAAAUUUACUGUUUCGAAAUGGAUAGACAGGAAGCGUUAGACGAGCGAGAGUUUGAAAGUUAUAUGAACUUCGAAAAGCCUUGGACCGACUUUCUCGCACAGUGGGAGGAGCACUCGCCCCAAAUCGAGCACGGAAUGAACGUCUUGAGUCACAAUGUGAAUCGAGUCUUAAAAACCAAAAACCCCGAGGCGCAAUCGCCCCAUCCGUUACCGGCGGUUGACGUCGCAGUUUGCAUCAACGGUUUUCCCGAUUGCAACGUCCUCCCAGUGUUACAAAAGCUAUUAAACAAACGCAAAAUUCGUGUGAUAGAGAUGCAGGAUGCUGUCAACACGUGCCUGGAGGCGUACAAGUUGGAAAGAGGCACGGAAAGUCUUGAAAACGCGCUGAAUGAUCAUACUGAAGCGGCGCUUGCGCAUUUCAACAGAUCCGGCCCGGUUAAGCUCACCGUUCCUGUUAAGGGGAACAAGCAAAGCGCGACGUCUGGGCUCAAACUUGAAACAAAAAGCACCCAGACACUGGUUAACUACCCUUUGGUGGACUUAAGUGUUAUGGCCGAGUAUGGCAAGUUAGCCUACGAGGCAUUGAAUGUUGGCGAUGAGUUGACCGACAAUCUUCUCGUCGUAAUGCUCGUGGAAUAUAUAAGGAGCCUGAAUGACUUAUCAGGAUGGGCGCUGAUAAACUAUCCCAACACGUUGACUCAGGCAGCUGUGUUGGAACAGGCCUUAACAGGCGGGUUCGUGCCAGACGUAAGCUGCGAUUCGGGUAGCAUCGGUGAUAUCGCCGAUUUAAUCGUUAAAGCCUCAGAAAUGGGCCUUAAAGGCAGAAACGUGGAGUUGCAGCAAUCGAAACUGCUACCAGAUUUAAGUUCAUCGCAUUCCCUAUACCGCACUUAUCUCACCGCUUUCAUAACCGUUAAAUCUGAAAAUUGCGUCGGCACAGACUGUAGUGAACCACAGACGCCCUUAGAGGAGUUCUACCUGGAGCAGGGUUGCCACUAUGAGCUUUUGUACGAAAAUUUGGAACUGAACAUUAUUAAGCGACUGGCCAAAAUGAUUAUUGGCGAAUAUUCCAUUCCGCCGAAAACUUCGCAAGAAUUAUUCGGUGACACCCUGAACUACGUAGAGGCGAACCUAAGCGAAUCGGCAAAAUUCGUGGGGCAGGAGAUAAAGCAUCAAAAAGAAACAGUUCCAUCGGAAAUAUUCGUAGCAUCGACGGGUGUACCCGGAGAUCCUUCGUGGCAGUACUUCGAUAUCGCGUUUCCGGAAGCGCUUCAAAUCGCUCUGGCGACGCUUUGGGAAAAUAUGGAAAGCGUCUACGUAACUGAUUUUAAGCAACUAUUCUUUACGAAGCGGAUUCUUGUAAACGCGGUCAUGCCGUACAUAUCUCACGUGCAAGACCACGUGCGCGCGUUUAUCGCGCGACCUGACUCGAAACAGAGCUUCUUAAGUGAUUUCCAGAAGUACUACAACCUAAUUGACGACGACAUGCGCGAAGACCCCGAAGUCAAAGCCGAAAUUCACUGCGCGAUUUCAAAGUUUCGCAACGAACUGUUCGAGAUCUGCGACACCCGCCUGAAGGAGUGCCAAACUGAACUCCACAGGAUCGUCCAGGAGCACUGGCUGACAAACCUGCUGACGGAAUUGGUCAACGUGUACAGUGCCGCCAUGCAGUUGGAAAUCGACCGCUGCUGCGACAGCCUGCAAUUUCUAAUCGACUACUACUCCGGGGUUAUCACAAAAAUGCCAUGCAGAGAGCCCGUUCUACGCAAAACGGCACUUGGCAAACUGACCACUGACCCGCACAGCUCACCGGCCAGUGCCGCCGCUCGAAUUGUCACAACUUUACAGCUGUCCGAUUCCAAAACUGACUUCUCCAACACGCCAUUCCACGACUUCAUUCAUCACAACUCGGCAAUCUCGACCUCGGAUAUCGCCAAGUUGAAAACUACGGCUAGCAGUAUUAUUUUACAAGCCGACGCCUACUUCAAACCAAAAAGCGCGAAAAAGGCGGCCUCCCCUAAGAAGGACGGCAAGCAGCUUCCGAAAUGCGAGGAGCCCGACGACGAUGUCAAGGCAGUAGGCACGCGCCUGAUCGAGGAGUGGCAAUGCGCUACAAACGGCGAGCACCGUCGGACGUUAAUGCGAGUGAAUAUGUUAGCGGAACAAUCCCUUCGAGACCUGAAGACCGUCUUCGAAAGCUGCAAAAGCAGUUUUCGCCAACUAUUCGCCGAGAUCGGAGACAGGUACGAACGGGAGAUCGAGAGUGUGAACACGGCGUGCGAGGUCUUCGCCAAGGCCACUGAAGCCGAACUUAACUUACAGCCCGAAUUACGGUUCGAGGGCGACCGCUUCUACAUCGAACCCAAUGUACUGCUCUACCCCGACCCGGUACCGUCGCCGUACGAGGCGCAGCCAAUUUCGACCACCGAAUGCGUUUUCACAAUGAAACAGCUCCACUCGUUAACCGACAUUUUCGCGAGUUUGGCGCCGAACGGAAGCAUAUCGGAGAGACCCUUCGUCUUCGUGCUGCAAGAUUUUAUCGUGCACAAUGCGGAAGAUGGAAAAGGUCCGAUGGUGCCUCCGCUGUGGCAAAAAUUGGCGCCUGAGCAGGUUUCAACACUGUCCAAGGCGAUCUUCGGCGAUGUCGAGUUUGUCAAUUGGAAAGAUUUCAUCGUUUACAACUUGGAAGUCUCCUUCCCGACGGUACGGGAAUUGUUGCACGUGCGCACCCUGUUCAGGGGGUGCGACCCGAACGUGACUGAGACAAUUAAGGACUAUCAAUUUUGGCAAGUCCCGCUUUGGUUUGAGCCGAGGAGUGAAACGAAGGCAAUUAAAAGCCUCAUUUUGAAACUGUACAAGGUGGACGAGGAGACUUUCAACUACACCAACUUCCUUUUGGACUUUUGUAAAGGCCGGGACGUAGCCGCUGGAUUCUUCAAAGCGUUAACUUUAGCUUAUGGUAAUCCUGUCUGUGAUAGUCCAGUCAUGGGGCAGCUGUACGUGGCAAGCAUAAUGGAGCAAAGGUCGAUCGACGAUCGAUUGGAGAUACUGCGGCAGUUGGAGCAUGCGGAAGUCACCAAGCUGACAGAGGCGGCUUUGGUGUCCUUGAUCAGCUGUACGGUGCAUGCCUGUGACAGCGUCAUCAUCGAAGACUACACGUCAACGUCCGACUUGCAGGACAACAACUCCGAGUCAACAACCCAAGUUAGUAAAGGUGGAGAUGAACCGUUAACCGAAAUUUUCUCCGGCACCUACGAAGACAAUGAAAGUAUCUGCAAGGCGGAUGAGUUUAAAAACUUGGAUCAAUCGUCCGAGCCGUUCUACGUCCCGAAAUAUGUCUACACAGUUCCAUUCGAGGACGUUCUUGCCAUUCUAACGGCAUCGCUGCCUUGGCACGUUGCUCACGAAACCGUCAAUGAGAGUAACAUACGGGAAAUAUUGGAAAACAUUUACAAGUCACUAAGAAAACCUGAACUGAACGACAACGUCCUCGCUCACGAAUUGUAUGACAGCCAGGAUUUUCGUAAAUUGCUACUUAGAAAUUGUAAGUUCGUCGAAAAACGUGUCUGUCCAAUUCUUAAAGGCCUCGUAGAAAAAUAAAC